CUUGCUGCCGUUCAACAUAAACUUAAAUCUGGUCUGAAGGAGAAGUUCCAGUGUGUGUUUGAGGGCAUCGCUAAAGCAGGAAGUCCAACCCUUCUGAACCAGAUCUACACAGAGCUCUACAUCACAGAGGGAGGGACUGGAGAGGUCAAUGAGGAACAUGAGGUCAGACAGAUUGAAACAGCAUCCAGGAAACCACACAGACCAGAAACAACCAUCAGACAAGAAGACAUCUUUAAAGUCCCACCUGGAAGAGAUCAACCAAUCAGAACAGUGAUGACAAAGGGAGUGGCUGGCAUUGGGAAAACAGUCUUAACCCAGAAGUUCACUCUGGACUGGGCUGAAGACAAAGCCCACCAGAACAUCCACUUCAUAUUUCCAUUCACCUUCAGAGAGCUGAAUGUGCUGAAAGAUAAAAAGUUCAGCUUGGUGGACCUUGUUCAUCACUUCUUUACUGAAACCAAAGAAAUCUGCAGCUUUGAACACUUCCAGGUUCUGUUCAUCUUUGAUGGUCUGGAUGAGAGUCGACUUCCUCUGGACUUCCAGAACCAGGAGAUCCUGACUGAUGCUACAGAGUCCACCUCAGUGGAUGUUCUGCUGACAAACCUCAUCAGGGGGAAACUGCUUCCCUCUGCUCGCCUCUGGAUAACCACACGACCUGCAGCAGCCAAUCAGAUCCCUCCUGAGUGUGUUGGCAUGGUGACAGAGGUCAGAGGGUUCACUGACCCACAGAAGGAGGAGUACUUCAGGAAGAGAUUCAGAGAUGAGGAGCAGGCCAGGAGGAUCAUCUCCCACAUGAAGACAUCAAGAAGCCUCCACAUCAUGUGCCACAUCCCAGUCUUCUGCUGGAUCACUGCUACGGUUCUGGAGGACGUGUUGGAGACCAGAGAGGGAGGAGAGCUGCCCAGCACCCUGACUGAGAUGUACAUCCACUUCCUGGUGGUUCAGACCAAAGUGAAGAAGGUCAAGUAUGAUGGAGGAGCUGAAACAGAUCCACACUGGAGUCCAGAGAGCAGGAAGAUGAUUGAGUCUCUGGGAAAACUGGCUUUUGAUCAGCUGCAGAAAGGAAACCUGAUCUUCUAUGAAUCAGACCUGACAGAGUGUGGCAUCAAUAUCAGAGCAGCCUCAGUGUACUCAGGAGUGUUCACACAGAUCUUCAGAGAGGAGAGAGGGCUGUACCAGGUGUUCUGCUUUGUCCAUCUGAGUGUUCAGGAGUUUCUGGCUGCUCUUCAUGUUCAUCAGACCUUCAUCAACUCUGGUGUCAACCUGAUGGAAGAAACACAAACACCUAUGUGGUCUUUAUUUUAUAAGAAACCUAAACUAAAGUAUAUUCACCAAAGAGCUGUUGAUCAGGCCUUAAAGAGUCCAAAUGGACACCUGGACUUGUUCCUCCGGUUCCUCCUGGGACUUUCAAUGCAGACCAAUCAGAGACUCCUACAAGGUCUGCUGACACAGACAGGAAGUAGCUCACAGACCAAUCAGAAAACAGUUCAGUACAUCAAGGAGCAGAUCAGUGAGAAUGUGUCUGCAGAGAAAAGCAUCAAUCUGUUCCACUGUCUGAAUGAACUGAAUGAUCGUUCUCUAGUGGAGGAGAUCCAACAGUCUCUGAGUUCAGGAAGUCUCUCCACAGAUAAACUGUCUCCUGCUCAGUGGUCAGCUCUGGGUUUCAUCUUAGUGUCAUCAGCAGAAGAUCUGGAAGUGUUUGACCUGAAUAAAUACUCUGCUUCAGAGGAGGUUCUCCUGAGGCUGCUGCCAGUGGUUAAAGCCUCCAACAAAGCUCUACUGAGUGGCUGUAACCUCUCAGAGAGAAGCUGUGAAGCUCUGUCCUCAGUUCUCAGCUCCCAGUCCUCCAGUCUCAGAGAACUGGACCUGAGGAACAACAACCUGCAGGAUUCAGGAGUGAAGCUUCUCUCUGCUGGACUGGAGAGUCCAAACUGCAGACUGGAAACUCUCAGCCUUCAUGGUUCAGGGGAAGGAGAGCAGGUGGCUGGCUACCCCCCACCCCCCCUCCUCGGGAGCCCAGGAGAGAAGUGGUGGUCAUCUGAGGGUCUGGUCAGGAGUCUGAGUGGCUGUAACCUCUCAGAGAGAAGCUGUGAAGCUCUGUCCUCAGUUCUCAGCUCCCAGUCCUCCAGUCUCAGAGAACUGGACCUGAGUAACAACAACCUGCAGGAUUCAGGAGUGAAGCUUCUCUCUGCUGGACUGGAGAGUCCAAACUGCAGACUGGAAACUCUCAGCUUGUCAGGCUGUCUGGUCUCAGAGGAAGGCUGUGCUUCUCUGGUAUCAGCUCUGAGCUCCAACCCUUCCCACCUGAAAGAGUUGGACCUGAGCUACAAUCAUCCAGGAGACUCAGGAGUGAAGCUGCUGUCGGCUGGACUGAAGGAUCCACGCUGGAGACUGGAAACUCUCAGGGUGGAGCCUGCUGGAGUCCGAUGGUUGACACCAGGUCUGAGGAAGUAUUCCUGUCAACUCACAAUCGACACAAACACCGUGAGCAGAAAUCUCCAACUGUCUGAAGACAACAGGAAGGUGACACUAGUGGAGGAGCUUCAGUCAUAUCCUGAUCAUCCAGACAGAUUUGAUGUUCUUCCUCAGCUGCUGUGUAGAACUGGUCUGACUGGUCGCUGUUACUGGGAGGUCGAGUGGAGAGGAGAAGUUAAUAUAUCAGUGAGUUACAGAAGAAUCAGGAGGAAAGGAUACAGCGAAGACUGUUGGUUUGGAUCUAAUGAUCAGUCCUGGAGUCUGAGAUGCUCUGAUGAUGGUUACUCUGUCUGGCACGAUAACAUAGUAACAUCUAUCUCCUCCUCCUCCAUCUCCAACAGAGUAGCAGUGUAUGUGGACUGUCCUGCUGGUAUUCUGUCCUUCUACAGAGUCUCCUCUGACUCACUGAUCCACCUCCACACCUUCAACACCACAUUCACUGAACCUCUGCUUCCUGGCUUUGGGUUCAGGUCCAGUUUAAGUUCUGGUUCCUCAGUGUUUCUGAGGUAG